AUGGCAGAGACCCCACCGCAGCGCAACCUUUCUCUGGUACCCUACUUACCUGCAGAAUCGCGGCAGAUCGUUUUGCGCCAUGGCUCAGCAGUUGUCGUGUUUGAUCAGCGAUCAAAACAGCUCUCGUUGAGAGAUGCUUCUCGAUCUGAUGCCGUGGAGCUUUCCGACUGUCCAUACUGCCAUCGGCCCUUACGAGAAGAACCCGAUCCAGAAGUGUAUCACGAUAACGAGCAUGAAGCCGAUACCACACCUGCGCCGGGAUUUGUCAAUCCAGAGUACUUCCGCAUGCUCCAGUCCAGCGCGCCGGGCUCUACCACUUCAACACGUCCACCUUCACCAGUUAAGAGGAUCAGGCAACCAGUGGUGGAGAGCGAUGACUACACGAGAACGCCCCCUGCUGAAGCUGAAUUCAUUGGAAGUGCGCCUGCACCCCAAACUACUCCAGCGUCACAAAAUAUCUCCACGGAAGCUUUUAGUCAAGGCUAUUUCAAAACGUUCUUUGUCGAGGAGAAAGAGCUUGGACGAGGUGGAAAAGGUGUAGUCCUAUUGGUUCGACAUGUUCUUGAUGGUGUCUCUUUGGGGCAUUUUGCUUGCAAGCGAGUGCCUGUCGGUGACGAUCACGAAUGGCUUCGCAAGGUUCUGAUUGAGGUACAAGUGCUACAAAAUCUUUCACAUCAGAACCUAGUCUCAUAUCGGCAUAUCUGGCUUGAAGAUUGGCAGCUCUCGUCAUUUGGUCCCAGAGUUCCCUGCGCCUUUAUUCUGCAGCAAUACUGUAACGCUGGUGAUCUCUACAAAUACAUCGCUGGGCCCACUAAAACCACUCUUUCUCCACAAGAACUCAAAGACCGUAGAAGGCGACAUUCAAAGGGCCAAUUAGAGUUUCCUCUGGACUCUACUGUACCUAAAAGAUUGACUUUCGACGAGAUCGUGAGCUUUACAAGAGACAUUACUGCGGGUCUGCACCAUCUUCAUACGAACCGUUACAUACAUCGCGAUCUCAAGCCCAGUAAUUGUCUACUGCAGCGCACCGGUCUGCAAUCAUAUAAAGUGCUGCUAAGUGACUUUGGAGAGGUCCAGUUGGUCAAUGUCGACCGCAAGUCGACUGGAGCGACAGGCACAAUUUCAUAUUGUGCCCCAGAAGUGCUCCGGCGUGACCUAAGCUCCGGAGCCCUUGGCAACUUCACAACGAAAUCUGAUAUCUUCUCACUUGGGAUGAUCGUACACUUCAUGUGUUUCAGUAGAUUGCCUUAUCGCAACGCCGACGGUCUGGAUGAAGACAAUGAAGAUGUCGAUCAACUGAAAGCGGAAAUCGUUGAAUGGGCUGGUUUUGAAGAGGAUCACAAGAACUCAAGAGCAUUGCCAGAACUUUUAUUCAAGUUUCUGAAAAGGUUGCUCUCUCUUGAGCCAGCACAACGACCAAAUACGUUGGAAAUUCUCAAACAAUUCAAUCGCGGUACAAGCGCAGAUGAACUCCCUGACUUUUCCGGAUCUUUUGUAGCGGAGGACAUGGAACCUCGCAUCUCGUCUGUAGAUAGCCCAACAGGUCCAAGUCGUCAAAGUUCUGCACGAAAAACACCGACAAGGUCAACAUUUGUCAGACCAGGACCGUCUAAGCUGCGGCAUUCCACCGUAGAGCCUUCAAGAUCGCCAAGUCCACCUUCAGAUAACUCUGUCGCCGAUAGUACCACAUGUGGACCGGAAAAUUCGGGAGUUGUCCUUCGUACUCAUAAAGCAACGUCUCGCGCAACCUCACCGCACCUGCCCGACGAGGGCCCACAGCGACUUUUGCUCCCUCCACCACCUACUUUCACUGGACGAAUCUACCGUUUCCUCGAGAUACCUAUCGUGGUGUUCAUUCUGAAGACCUCGCUAUUCCUUGCAAAAGCUGUUUCAAUCCUAAAUCCGUGCUCGACGCUGAGCCCGAACCCUUGGGUCACUUAUCCGUUACUUUGUGUAGCGGCCCUUGAUUUCUCGUUCCUCAAACCACAUGAUGGGACGUCCUUUGGUAUUCUCAAUGGAUCGUUAGUCCUUUUAGGUGUACAUGUCGCUGCUCUCGUGGUUGCGACCUACUUUGGUCUUCUGUGUAGUAUCAGACUGCCAAUCUGGCAUGAAGGUCCCAUGUACACCGACGACAUGUAG